AAGUUUCCGGCGUAGUGCACGUUCGUUACUCCGUCGCAGUGUCUGGCUGUCGUUGUCUCUUAGUUUUUGUUUGUAUUGGGGAAACUAUUUAACGCCACUUGUCUUCACAGGAGGUUGAGAAUCAGUUAUAACAUUUCUACUGCAGGAAGAGAGCGCAACCAGCCGCCAAAAUGCCGCGUAUUAUGAUAAAAGGAGGCGUCUGGCGCAACACUGAGGAUGAGAUCCUCAAGGCAGCGGUGAUGAAAUAUGGGAAAAACCAGUGGUCUCGUAUCGCCUCCCUGCUGCACCGCAAGUCUGCCAAACAGUGUAAAGCCAGAUGGUACGAGUGGUUGGACCCCAGCAUCAAGAAGACAGAAUGGUCCAGAGAAGAGGAGGAGAAGCUGCUUCACUUGGCCAAGCUGAUGCCCACUCAGUGGAGGACCAUCGCUCCUAUCAUAGGACGCACUGCUGCCCAGUGUCUGGAGCACUACGAAUACCUGCUAGACAAGGCAGCACAAAGAGACAAUGAGGAGGAAGUGGGUGACGACCCCAGGAAGUUAAAACCAGGAGAGAUCGACCCUAAUCCUGAAACUAAACCUGCCAGACCCGACCCUGUGGAUAUGGACGAAGAUGAGUUGGAGAUGCUGUCAGAGGCCAGGGCUCGACUGGCCAACACCCAGGGCAAGAAAGCCAAGAGGAAGGCCAGAGAGAAACAGCUGGAGGAAGCCAGACGGUUGGCUGCUCUGCAGAAGCGCAGGGAGCUGAGAGCAGCAGGAAUCGAUGUUCAGAAGAAGAGGAAGAAGAAGAGAGGAGUGGAUUACAACGCUGAAAUCCCCUUUGAGAAGAAACCUGCACAGGGUUUCUAUGACACCAGCAUGGAGCAGUACAACGCUCUGGAGCCAAACUUCAAACGACUCAGACAGCAGCACCUGGACGGAGAGCUGCGCAAUGAGCGUGAGGAGAGGGACAGAAAGAAAGAUAAACAGAAGAUAAAGAAGAAGAAAGAGAGCGAUCUGCCGUCUGCCAUCCUCCAAACCAGCGGAGUGGCCGAGUUCACCAAGAAACGCUCCAAACUGGUUUUGCCUGCGCCACAGAUCAGUGACGCUGAGUUGGAGGAAGUCGUCAAGUUGGGUGUCGCCAGUGAGGUCGCCCGUCAAGCCGCUGAGGAGAGCGAAAGCGGCAACUCGGCCUCGUCCACCCUCCUGUCAGAGUACAGCGUCACCAACACCAUGACAACAGGACUACGUACCCCCCGCACCCCUGCUGCCCAGGACAGGAUACUACAGGAAGCCCAGAACCUGAUGGCUCUGACCAACAUCGACACUCCCCUGAAGGGAGGCCUCAACACUCCGCUGCACGAGAGCGACUUCAGUGGAGUGACGCCUCAGCGCCAGCAGAUACAGACACCCAACACUGUUCUCAGCACACCAUUCAGAACUCCCGGACCAGGUCAGGGGUCAGAGAGCAUGACCCCUCAAGCCGGAGGAGUGAUGACACCGCGUGGGGCCGCGACCCCAGGUUUGACCCCUGGCCGUACACCCCUGAGAGACAAACUGAAUAUUAACAGUGAGGAGCAACUGACUGACCCUGCGUACGCCAAACACAUGCAAAGGGAAAGCCUGCAGCAGCUGAGGCAGGGACUGAUGUCACUUCCUGUUCCUAAGAACGAUUUUGAGAUUGUUCUCCCAGAAAACGCAGAGAAAGAACUCGAGGAAACAGAAACGGACACCGGGUUCGUGGAGGACUCGGCCGACAUAGAGGCGCGCAAGCAGGCUGUACGGGAGGCAGAAAGAGAGAAGGAGCUGAAGCUGCGACACACUGCUGUUCAGAGGAGUCUCCCCAGACCUACUGAGGUAAACGAGUCCGUCCUCCGUCCCGCCUCCAUAGAGCCGCUCCCUGACCUCCAGCUGGCCGAGGAGCUGAUCAAACAGGAGAUGAUCACCAUGCUGCACCACGACUGCCUGCACCACCCGUCGGCCAACGCCGCCAACCAGCUGCAGCGCGGCAAAAGCAGAGGCCCCACCUCCACAUCUAACAACGCGUCGCACAUAUCUUACCUGGAAACACACCCCUACAAGCCGAUCAGCACAGAGGAGAUGGAGCAGGCUAAAGCAAUGCUGGCAGCGGAAAUGGAGGUGGUGAAGACAGGAAUGGGCCACGGUGACCUCAGCAUGGAGGCCUACAGCCAGGUGUGGGAGGAAUGCUACGGACAGGUGUUAUAUCUACCUGGUCAGAACAGAUACACCCGAGCUAACCUGGCAUCAAAGAAAGAUCGUAUCGAAAGCCUGGAGAAAAAACUAGACGUGAACCGUGGUCACAUGACAGCGGAGGCCAGGAGAGCGGCCAAGCUGGAGAAGAAGCUCAAAAUCCUGCUGGGAGGGUUUCAGUCCAGAGCGCUGGGGCUCCUGAAGCAGCACAAUGAACUCUGGGAACAGGUGGAGCAGGCAGCCACAGAGCUCCAGACCUUCACUCAGCUGAAGAAACAGGAAGAUACGGCCAUUCCCAGGAGACAAGAGGGUCUGCGGGAGGACGUGGAGAGGCAGAUGGAGAGAGAGCGAGAGCUCCAGCAGAGAUACGGAGAGUUGCUGAUGGAGAGGGAGUCGCUGAUCAACAGCGCUCAGAAAUACUGAGCAACACACACGCUAAUCACACACACACACACGCUACACACACUCAAAUCCUCCUCAUGGAGACACGGAUAUCAAGCGAACAGCAGCUCUGAGGAACACAAAGGUUUCCGAGUCGACGUACUAAACCCUUCUAUCAUUUUUCAAUUAUUCAAUUAUUGCGGCAUUUCCAGAGAUAAGCCCCGCCUCCAUGUGCUCAUGUUGCUAUGAUGUCACACGCUGAGUUUUGAGCAUGCUCAGUAGUCCCUUGUGUUUCUGUAUUAGUGACCAAUAAAGUUUCUUUUCAACAAUGA